UUGAUAAUUAUAGGAUAAUACAUACUUAAAGUUUGAUAAUUAAUGAAUAUUUUUUUUUAUCAGUUAACAGCAGUAAAACUGAUGGAGAGAAAAGGGAUGGAAAAGCUCAUAUUUUCAUUAAGUAGUCUUUUGCUACUGUCAUUUGGAAGCACCAAAAUUUACUCGUACUACGUUUUUCUAAUUUUUUGCAUUUCCAAACCAACACCAAAAUUAUCCGCACUCUUCGGAAACCGAAUUAUGCGUGGUUGCUAUCCCAUUCCUUUGCAAGAGGUGCUUCUUUGUACGUGUAAUAUUUAUUGAUAUGAUUAAUUCAAACCAUAUGAAGGAUGAUAGUGGAGCACUAAAAAUUGAGCAAUAUAAACACGCACAAACACACAGCUGG